AUGUCCAAGCUAUGGAUUGGAGCCUACGCCCUUCUGGCCUUUGUGGCAGUUGUCGUGUUGAAUCUCAUCUACCAAGCCCUCUUCCGCGCAUUCAACAAGACCAGGCCGCCACUGGUAUUCCAUUGGGUUCCCUUCGUGGGCAGCACAAUUCACUAUGGCAUGGACCCGUAUGACUUUUUCUUUACGUGCCGCGAGAAGUACGGUGACAUUUUCACCUUCAUUCUUCUCGGCCGCCCCACCACUGUCUACCUCGGAACCAAAGGGAACGAGUUCAUUCUCAAUGGCAAGCUGAAGGAUGUCAAUGCGGAGGAGGUCUACAGCCCUUUGACCACUCCGGUCUUUGGGUCCGAUGUCGUCUACGACUGCCCGAAUUCAAAGCUCAUUGAGCAGAAGAAAUUCAUCAAAUUCGGUCUCUCCCAGGCAGCGCUUGAGGCUCAUGUGCCAUUGAUUGAGAAGGAGGUUGUGGACUACCUUGCCAUGUCACCCAACUUCCAUGGAACGUCGGGUACCGUGGAUAUUUCAUCGGCAAUGGCAGAGAUCACGAUCUUUACCGCCGGCAGCGCUCUCCAAGGCGAAGAAGUGCGAUCCAAGCUCACCACCGAGUUUGCAGUUCUCUACCACGAUCUGGACAAAGGUUUCACUCCAAUCAAUUUCAUGUUGCCGUGGGCUCCUCUACCACACAACAAGAAACGCGAUGCUGCACAUGCACGCAUGCGUGCAAUCUACGUUGACAUCAUCAACAAGCGCAGAAAUGCCGGCGACAACGUUCCCGAGAAGCUCGACAUGAUUGGAAACUUGAUGCAGUGUACCUACAAGAAUGGUCAACCCUUGCCAGACAAGGAGAUUGCUCAUAUCAUGAUCACACUGCUCAUGGCUGGUCAGCACUCUUCAUCUUCCAUUAGCUCCUGGAUCAUGCUGCGUCUCGCCUCGCAGCCCAACGUUGUCGAGGAACUCUACCAAGAGCAGCUAGCCAACAUUGAGCGCACGGAUCCCAACGGUCCCUUGCCACCUCUUCAGUUCAAGGACCUUGACAAUCUCCCCCUGCAUCAGAACGUGAUUCGAGAGACUCUUCGUGUCAAUGGCUCGAUUCACUCGCUGCUACGAAAGGUGAAGAACCCAAUCCCAGUCCCUGAUACCCCUUAUGUCAUUCCGACCUCCCACGUCUUGCUCGCUGCACCUGGAGUGACAGCUCUGAGUGACGAGUACUUCCCGAAUGCUAUGGCCUGGGACCCUCACCGCUGGGAGACCCAGGCUCCAGAGGAAGACAAGAAGGAGGACAUUGUGGACUAUGGAUAUGGCGCGAUGUCCAAGGGUACUUCAAGCCCAUAUCUUCCCUUCGGGGCUGGCCGUCAUCGUUGCAUCGGAGAGAAGUUUGCCUACCUCAAUCUUGCUGUCAUCAUCGCGACUAUGGUGCGCAAUAUGCGAUUCCAUAACUUGGAUGGCAAGAAAGGCGUACCUAACACAGAUUACACGUCCUUGUUCUCCGGCCCACUUAAGCCAACACGAAUUGGAUGGGAGCGUCGGACAGCCAAGAACAUUUAA